CAAUAAUGAAAAGUUUUAAGGAUGAAUAUAUUGUGGAAGAAAGUCUUUUAGGAGAAGGACAAUUUGGUAAAGUACACACAGCUAAAUCAUUAAAUAAUCAAAAAUAAAGAGUUUGCGUAAAAAUAAUGGAAAAAAAGUAACAAUUUGGGGAACAUCUUUUAUAAACAGUUCAAGAGUCAGAAUUCGCUAUUUGUAAGAUUAUGGCUGGUAAACAAUAUGACAAUUUGGUUUAAAUUUAUGCAGUUUAUGAUUCUGAUAAAGAAGAUAAACAUGCCUAUAUAUUCAUGGAAAGAUGCGAUUAAAGUCUAAGAUAUCUAAUUAAUUACAAAAAAAAUGAAGAGAAAAAAUUAUUUACAAAGGAAGAAAUAAUUGAUAUAAUAAAUAAAAUAACCAAGGGUUAUCUUUAAUUGAUUUCUUCAAAUAUUAUUCAUAGAGAUCUAAAACCUGAAAACAUUUUGUAUAAUAUGAUUGACAAUUAAUUAUAAAUCAAAGUAUUAAGAUUUACCUUAUGUUAAGAUUGCUGAUUUUGGUUUGAGUAAAGUAAUGGAUCCAUAAAAUUCAACAAUGACAAAAAAAGUUGGAACUUAGUAUUAUUGUGCUCCAGAGACUUUGUAUGAUUUAAUUGGUAACAAUUACGAUUAUGAAUGUGACAUCUUUUCAGUAUAAUUAAUGAUAAUUAUAAUAGCUUGGAGUAAUCAUAUUUGAAUUGGCAAUCCUAGAGAGAUAAUUUAAAUUUAAAUAAGUAGAUAAGCUCAGAGAUAGCAAAUUCUCUAUAUAACAUGAAGAUAUUUUAAAAAAUAAAUCAAUAGAUUAAGAGAUUAUAGAAUUAUUGGAUAAAAUGAUUACAUUCGACCCAAGAUAGAGAUUAACAUGGCAAAGCUUAUCAACAUAUUUUAAUAAAUAACCAAAAUAAUUUAGUGGUUAAUUUCAAUAAGCAUAAUUAAGCAAGCAAUAAGCACAGACAAAUAUGUAAUUCUUAAAUCAAUAACCAAAAUAACCCUUUUUGCCUUAACCUAACCAGUAGCAAUUACUAUAAAAUUAAUAAAAUGGGAAUCCCCAAUUGUAGAUGUUUCAAAUCCCUACAAUGUAACCAGGCCAGACCAAUUAAAAUCAUUAAAUUCAAAAAUUUUAAUAAAAUCCUAAUUUUCCAUAAUAAAGUAUUUUAAUUCAAAAUAACUUUCCAAAUCAGUAAUAAAAUUAAAAUCCUAAUUCUAGAUUUUAAACUACUACUGCGCAAUCAUAAUAUUAAUAACAAUAAUAACAACAACAGCAACAACAACUACAACUACAACAACAACAACUACUACAACAACAACAACAAUAAUAAUAAUAAUAAUAAUAAUAAUAAUAAUAAUAAUAAUAAUAAUAACAAUAAUAAUAAUAAUAAUAAUAAUCAUUAAUAGGCUAAUUUCCAUAGUUUUAACCACAAAUCUAACCUCCUUAAUAAGGUCAAUUCAAAUUUUCAAUUAAUUCCCCUGUAGCAAUUUCAAAUUUGCAAAAUCCUCCCUUUCCUUAAUUCUAACCAAAUAUUUAACUAAACAAUCUUUAAACCAAAAAUUAAAGAUUAAUAACAAUAGCCUCCUAAGGACAGAAGAAAUGAAAUAAU